AAGAGAGAGAAAAGAGAAAGGUGUUUCAUACAUGUGCUAAUGCACAGGACAUCAUCCUCCAAGAGUUAAAGCCUUUAAUGAAGUGGAUUCAUAAUUUCAACUCAGUUGUUUCCUCAUGUGGGUCAUGGUUUGGUUAAUUGCUGCAGCAAUCUCUCAAACUGCACUUGAAAUGCACAGUUAAAAAAGUGCAGAGAAGGACAACGGAAGUGACAAAGAAGGGAAGACAAGGGUGGUGUCUUUCCAGACAAUUUGCACCCAAGUACACAGCAGAAACCACAAGCCCAGCAACCAGGAGAGAAAACAAGAAAUCUGGUUUGACUAUGUAAGUGCGCUCACAUGUCUAACAUUUAAUCAAACCUUGGAUUAUUAAUUACAAGAGCAACACCUGAAAUCAACAACGCUAGUGAAGGAUACAUCUUUUCUAUUUUAGAAUGUACAUUCUUCUGCUCUGGCCUUAGAAAACAAACGUCCAAAAUAUUUGGAGCCCUAACGCUAUUCUGGAUUCACCUCAAACUGAGGAAGAUACAUGUAAUCUAACAGAUGAAGGCAAAACCCUUCGGUAACCUUUCUCCUCUGUCACAGUGUAAUCUCAGUAUGGAGCGAGUAGAGUGGAUUCUCUGCACUACACUCCUUUUCCUCUCUCUGCCGAUUCUCCCUGCUGCAGAUGAAGGUACUCAUGUCUCACAAAAUUUCACCACGGCAGUCAUUAGAUCUAACUCCACCAUCACUGAUAUACCUUCUAAAGACGUCACCACGGCAUCCUUGGAAACGGAGUCUACCAUCAACACGUUCGCUUCAGUAACCGGCACUAUGUCAAAGCCCAACAUGGAAACCAUCACCCCGGGAAACGCUCCUUUCCACCAAACUUCUGCAUCUGUUCCGGAACAUGCCACUGCCACCACUACGUUAACAACAGACCAUGAGACCACUGCUCUUCAGGUGUCCACCUCCGAUGCGCAGGCUUCAAAUUCUGAGACUGAAAUGUUGACAUCCCCUGUGUCCGCAGAAAGGCCUGUGGAUUUGACCUCUGACCCCUCCCAAGACAUCCUGACUACCAAUCUCCAAACCACGCCCCAGGUUGACCUGACUUCUGUCAGGCUCUACAUUUCCACAAGGCAGAUGGAGGACUUAUCUCCGACAGCUGAACCCCACCUCACUUCCUCCAAGAGCCAGACAGAGAAAUUUACUGCUAAACCUCCCAUACUGUCCAUCGCCCCGGUGCCCCAGACCACUCACAGUCAGGCCACAUCUCCAGCCACUACCCACAGCUCCACCUCUACGGUGAGCAUGAUGGCCACAUCUCCAGCCACCACCCACAGCUCCACCUCUAUUGUGAGCAUGGGGGAAAAACGUACUUCCAAAUUAUCCUGGGUCAUCCUGGUCGCUCUCCUGAGUGGAGUUGUCCUCAUCGGUGCUCUCUACUGCCUCUGUCUGCUCAUCAGACGAAAAAGGCGAAGUCGCACUGAAUACCUUGGCUCCAGCUUUCGUAUUGGGAAGGCUUCAAAGAGGAAGAAAGGAGCAGAGCAAGAUACCUGGGCAGGACCGGUGAAGCUAGGUGCCGGGGAGAAGGAGGAGGCUGAGGGCGGUGGGGAGGACCGGGGCCCGGAGGAUGACAAGAGAGAAGGGGGCGGAGUGGAGGUGGUGCUCAGCACCUUCACAGCCAACGAGGGAGAGAAGGGCGGGCCCGAUGGAGGAUUGGGCAUGGCCGGGAGCAGGGAGUCAAAGAGGUGGGAGGAGGAGGAGCCUCUGCUGUACAUUGAUGAGGGAGUGGUUGAUGAGCCAGAAAGGAUGUCACCUGAGAAAGAUAUGGAGGGGGGAGAAGGGAAUGGACCUCACUUUAGUGACAAUGACAAGUCUGAGCAGAAUGGUGGAGCGGCCUUCUGUUUAACCACCGCCGUUUAGAACAAAACCAUUUCCCUCAAAUGUUGAUGUAGCUGAUGAUGUACUGAUUAUUAGGGGGUUUUAAAUAUAUUUUUUCUACAGAAAGAAAUGUUUGUAGGGGUUGUGCAGGACACAGCAAUGUUUUUGUGUAAUUGUAUUGUUUAUGUAUAAAAAAUUCCUGAAUGCCUACAGAACGUUUUUAUAUAUGUUUUUUAGUACUUAUAUAUACUUAUAUUCUUUUAUGUUUUUUAGUACUUAUAUAGGGGCUGAUCGUUACCAAAGAUUUGGAUUAGGAAUUAGUCAUUCAAAUGCACUUGAUCUUAUGUAGUUAAUCACCAUUAAUUCAAAUUUUUGAAUGUGUUGAAAUGUUGCCCUUAAUACACACUUUUCUGUUUAAAAAUAUGUUCAUUAUGUUAAAGAUAUACUGUGUUUUAUUGUAAACUAUGGACAUUGCUUGACUUAGAAUUUAAUUAAUUCAAGUUGUCCAAGCCUUUAAACGUCAGUCCAUAACUUACCACAUAACUAGUCCCAUCUAAAUGCAGUCCAUGUAAAUCUAAAUAGAAAGUUCCUGGUCCCAUAAUUCUACUAUCUCAUUGUUUUCUUGAUUAAGUUACCAAGCGCAACAACUCAGGCUACAGUAUAAAACACAUAGCCCUUCUUAUCUGGAGAGCUGCAGGGUGGGCAGGCAUUUGAUCCAACAAUGAAUCAUACCUCAGCUUGUCAAGUUAUUGUCCUUUAAUGUUUAGGCUGAAAUGUGGUUAGAAUGGGCUUCAAGUUGGGGCCCUGUAAACAUUAGAUUUGCUGAUGGAUGGAUAGACACAACCAAAUACUUGUCUCUAUUAAAUUAUUCCCAAAUUUGACCAAAUGCAAAAUAAAAAUCUACUUCCAUUGACAAUGGCAUAAAGUAGUCAACAUUAAUCAGGGGAGAUCUGUAAUUUAUACUGAGAACUCAAGUUGUUUGUUAAUUAAUAAACACUAUUAGAAUAUGCUUCGGUGGAAAAGCGACUGGCGACGACAUUUGGCUAAUGCCUAGCUUAGAUAAGCAAAAAUAAUAAAUAUCAAUCUACCAGCAAGGUGUUAGCAGGUGGAUUUCUUCAACACAGUGUUUCGGUAUCAGUUGGUUAAGAGGGUCUGACUUUAGGGAGGCAUGGCUAGCCUUUUCGUUCUGUGGAUUUUUGGAGGGAGAUUGAGUUGAGAGACACAAGGAGAAAAACUGUAUUCCAAUACCAAUGCAUCCAUUGAACUAAUGGAUAUGUAGGCUUUAAACACAUUACACAGGAUUCAUAAACAACAACCAAGUAAACACUAGAGCUGAGCAUUCACAACACAAUGCCUAAUCUCUGAUGAUAUAUUGAAAAAUA